GCACUAAGUCAGCUGGAGAUACUACACUGGUAAUUUCUGCCGACAGCACACCAGCAAGCAAUAUGUCUGAAUUUGUUUUAACUUAUUUCCCACUGAGAGGAAGAGGGGAGCCUAUUCGUCUGCUCUUGGCUGAUAAUGGAGCUCGGUGGACUGAGGACGUGAUACAGCUUCCUGAUUGGUUUGCUGGAAAAUGUGACCUAAAGAAAGAGGCAGUUUUUGGUCAGUUGCCUCAGUUUAGGGAUGGAGAACUUGUUCUCUAUCAGAGCAACACCAUCCUGAGAUACCUAGGACGCAAAUUUGUCAUUGCCGGAAGCAGUGAUCAGGAGAUUGCUGUCAUUGAUAUGGUAAAUGAAGGUGUGGAAGACCUGAGACUGAAGUUCAGCCGCUUUAUGUUCUUUGAAUAUGAAACUGGAAAGGAGAAGUAUGAAAAAGAUCUACCAACUCAUCUAUCAGCCUUUGAAAAGAUCCUUUCUAAAAAUUCUAAUGGAACCAAGUUUCUGGUGGGAGACAAGAUUUCCUAUGCUGACUACAACCUCCUGGACCUCCUUCACCUUCACCUCCAUGUCUUCCCGGACAGUUUGUCUUCGUUCCCCCUGCUCACUGCAUACAUAGACCGCAUUAGUUCACGAAGCGACCUCAGUGAUUAUCUGAAAUCUGAGGAUCGUAACAGCAGACCUAUUGUUCCAAAAAGAGGUUAAAUACUACUGAUCCAUGUUGGCUUACCAUACAGAAGUCUACCUCAUAUCACUUA